UCUCGAGCCGCGCCGAGCGCCGCAGACGCGCCGCCACACGUACACAACACGUACGCGCGCCGAGCCGUAGCCAAGGAGAGGGACGGAGAGCCAGAGCCGCUCGUCUACGGCGGUGUGUGCGUUUUAUAUAUCGCGUGCGCCUGCCACCCUGCGCCGUCAUUACUCGCUCGUCCUUCGUCCGGGGAGGUACGUGUAUCGCGCGCCCGCAACCCACACGAGUACGCGCCCGCGACAGUGAUAAUAGAGGCUCGGGCGCGCACCCGCCCACACGACGUGUUUUCAUUCGUAGCGGUAGUCCGGCGAGUGUCGAGUUGUGCCAGUCGAGAUGCCGGCAGUGCAGUGUUGUGCCUGAGCGAAAGGAGCGGAGUCGAGGAGGCAACAUAAUCAGGAAGCCGCGAUACGGAGAGUCGUGGGAGUCGCCGCGACCGGGACGAUGAUACUCGCCCCGGACAGCAGUGUCCAACAGUGCGCGGCCCUGGCACAGCCCGCGGCCCCCCAACCUCACUCGCCAGUCAUGUCGUCGACUGGUCAGGGUGUCCUCGGCAGUCAGCAGCCCGCGAUUGCCCAACUUCCGAGGCUGCCGCCCGAAUACGUGCGCAUGGCCGUCACAUCGUGCGCCAGCGUCCACUGUCCCCCUCAAACGCCACAGUCACAGCAACAACAGUUCCAGGUCGGCACGCCGACAGCGACCGCCACGGCCAUGCCCACCAUGGACUCCACGGUCUCGUCGGCACGACCUGAGCCCGAGCUCAACAUAGAAUUCGAUGGAACGACGGUGCUGUGCCGCGUUUGCGGUGACAAGGCCUCAGGCUUCCAUUAUGGCGUCCAUUCCUGCGAGGGAUGCAAGGGCUUCUUCAGGCGCAGCAUACAGCAGAAGAUCCAGUAUCGGCCCUGCACGAAAAAUCAACAGUGCAGCAUACUGAGAAUCAAUAGGAAUCGCUGCCAGUACUGCCGACUUAAGAAGUGCAUCGCCGUCGGCAUGAGUCGCGAUGCCGUGCGAUUCGGGCGCGUGCCCAAGCGCGAGAAGGCCAGGAUUCUGGCUGCCAUGCAGCAGAGCUCCCAUAGCCGCUCGCAGGAGAAGGCGGUGGCCGCGGAGCUCGAGGACGAGCAGCGACUGUUGGCCACCGUUGUCCGCGCCCACUUGGAUACGUGCGAUUUCACCCGUGACAAAGUCGCCCCGGUUCUCGCGAGAGCCCGCGAGACGCCCAACUACACAGCCUGUCCACCGACACUGGCGUGCCCGCUGAAUCCGAACCCGCAGCCGUUGACCGGACAGCAGGAGCUCUUGCAGGAUUUCUCAAAGAGGUUCUCGCCGGCGAUCCGCGGCGUGGUCGAGUUUGCCAAGCGCAUACCCGGCUUCAGCCUACUGGCCCAGGAGGACCAGGUGACCCUCCUCAAGGCCGGUGUCUUCGAAGUCCUUCUCGUGCGGCUAGCUUGCAUGUUCGAUGCCCAGACGAACAGCAUGAUUUGCUUGAAUGGUCAGGUGUUGAAACGCGAGUCAAUUCACAAUAGUAGCAACGCUCGCUUCCUCAUGGACUCGAUGUUCGACUUUGCCGAGCGUGUGAACUCCCUCAGACUCUCGGACGCCGAGCUUGGCCUCUUCUGCUCGGUGGUGGUAAUAGCGGCUGACCGACCGGGGCUGCGAAACACCGAGCUCGUCGAAAGGAUGCACAACAAAUUACGCAACGCACUGCAAACCGUGCUAGCCCAGAAUCACCCGCAGCACCCAGACAUUUUGCGCGAGCUGCUCAAAAAGAUCCCCGAUCUGAGGACUCUCAACACUCUACACUCUGAGAAAUUGCUCGCUUUCAAGAUGACGGAGCAGCAGCAGCAACUGCAAGCUCAACAAGCACAACAAGCCCAGCAGCAGCAACAACAACAACAACAACAACAACAACAACAACAACAACAAUCCCAUCCGCAGCAACAGCAGCAUUGGCCUAUGGAGGAAGAACAUGCAGCCUCCUGGAGCUCGACCUCGGACAUAACGCUUGACGAAGCCGUGAAGAGCCCACUCGGCAGUGUAUCUAGCACCGAGAGCACCUGCAGCGGUGAAGUUGCCGCUCUCACCGAGUACCAGCAAACGGAGUACAAGCAUGUAGUGCCGACCUCAGGACAUCAUGCCUCGAGCGCUCCCCUCCUCGCGGCGACACUCGCCGGCGGUCUUUGUCCCCAUCGUCGAAGAGCCAACUCCGGCAGCACGAGCUCCGGUGAGGACGAGCUUCAUCGAGCUAGCCUCGCUAAAACACCCCAGCCACCUCAGUGUCCGCGCUUCCGUAAGCUCGACUCUCCGAGCGACAGCGGUAUCGAGUCGGGUACCGAGAAACCCGACAAGCCGGCCAGCAGUAGCACCAGUAGCGCCCCCACGAGCGUCUGCUCCAGUCCGCGCUCCGAGGAUAAGGAGGUCGAAGACAUGCCCGUGCUGAAGCGAGUACUCCAAGCGCCACCCCUCUACGACACCAAUUCACUUAUGGAUGAAGCUUACAAGCCACACAAAAAAUUCCGCGCCCUCAGACAGAAGGAUAGCGCGGAGGCGGAACCAGCUGUAAGCCAACACCACGCGCAGUCUCAGCUUCAUCUGCACCUGACCGCACCGACUGCGAGGAGCCCCUGCUCUGCGCAGCCACAACUUCUCCAAUCGGCUCUGAAAACCGAAUGCCCCCAGACUGCUAGCCUCCUCAGUAGCACGCAUUCGACCUUGGCCAAGAGCCUCAUGGAGAGCCCAAGGAUGACGGCCGAACAACUCAAGCGCACUGACAUCAUCCAUAAUUACAUAAUGCGAGGUGAGGCGAGUUCGUCGCCCAGGUCAUCGCCCGUAGCGCCGGCUUGCUCACCAUCACCUGCUGAGCAAUGCGCCUCGACGACGACCCUCACUGCUCGUUCGUCGCCCGUCCACCAGCAAGGAUCUCAAUUAGGAUUACUCCAAUGCGCGGUGCAAUCAAGCUACGCACAGCAGAGGUGGCCGGCUGCUACGUCCGUUAUUACGACAACGACGGGUGCAAGGCAGCAGCAUCAGCAACAACAGCAACAACAACAACAACAGCAGCAGCAGCAGCAGCAGCAGCAGCAGCAACAGUCUUCCUCGGACUACCUGUUAGCUGGAAAUUCGUCGCCUGCCUCGUCACCGAGGUACCUAUCGGUCGCAGCGACGAGCAGCACGAGCACGAGCCCUCGGCCUACCUCCAGCGGGACGACUCUCGUCAUCUCUGGAUGCCCGAGCAACCUCGUCGAACUGCAGGUGGACAUAGCCGAUAGCCAACAGCCGCUCAAUCUCUCCAAGAAGUCACCAUCCCCCUCACCAAGGCCAUUAAUGCAGGGCUCGGCGUGCAAGGCCCUUUCACUCGAGGCGUAGUGCGAGAGGCGGCAGUGCCUGAGCCAGCAAUGCCAGAGUUGUCGACCAAGAUCGAAUCAACCCACCUGAUCGAGCACCUCGGCAUGGUGGACAAUCGGUCUCCUUCCCCCUAUGCCCCAGCGCAACGGCAAUAGCCUCUCGCCCUCUCCCCUC